ACCAUAGUCUCGCUUCGACGAAACAGCUUCGAAAUCCUUCCCUCCAGCAAAAACGCUCCUCCCUCCGCCGCUCCAGUCCUUUUCCCGCAGCUGCUCAGCGCGAGCUCGCUUCCUGGCGCCUCUUCCAGAGGCCGCACAGCCAUGGCGGAAACUCUGACCCUGAAGGGGACGCUCAAGGGCCACUCCGACUGGGUGACGUCGAUUGCCACGCCCCUCGACAACAGCGACACGAUCCUGUCCUCCUCCAGGGACAAGUCGAUCAUUGUGUGGAACCUGAGCAGGGAUGAGACGAACUAUGGCGUCCCCCGCAGACGAUUGACGGGGCAUGGUCAUUUCGUCCAGGAUGUCGUCAUCUCCUCUGACGGUCAGUUUGCGCUGUCUGGCUCGUGGGACGGGACUCUGCGUCUGUGGGACCUGAACACCGGGGCAACCACCCGGCGCUUUGUGGGGCACACCAAGGACGUGCUCAGCGUGGCGUUCUCGGUUGACAACAGGCAGAUUGUGUCUGGGUCCAGGGACCGCACCAUCAAGCUGUGGAACACCCUCGGCGAGUGCAAGUACACGAUCCAGGACUCUGAGGCACACACCGGGUGGGUGAGCUGCGUGCGCUUCUCCCCCGUGACCUCGAACCCCAUCAUUGUGUCGGGAGGAUGGGACAAGAUGGUCAAGGUGUGGAAUCUGACCAACUGCAAGCUGCGCACCAACCUCGUGGGCCACACCGGGUACAUCAACACCGUCACAGUCUCCCCCGACGGCUCGCUGUGCGCCUCAGGUGGCAAGGACGGCGUGGCCAUGCUGUGGGACCUGGCGGAGGGCAAGAGGCUGUACUCGCUGGACGCCGGUGACAUCAUCCACUCGCUGACCUUCUCCCCCAACCGCUAUUGGCUGUGCGCUGCCACCCAGAGCGGCAUCAAGAUUUGGGACCUGGAGAGCAAGAGCAUCGUGGACGAGCUGAAGCCCGAGUUCCCGAACAUGGGCAAGAAGACGCAGAUCCCGUACUGCACCAGCCUCAACUGGAGCGCCGACGGCAGCACCCUCUACAGCGGAUACACAGACGGCAACAUCCGCGUGUGGGGCGUCGGGCGCGUGUAAUUGGAAACCCUUGUUUUUGGAGGUUGAGGGAGGUUAGAUGUGGCUGAUCCAUGUGCCAGCUGGCAUGGAUGGUUUGCGGGUCAGGGCGCCGCUAGAGAUCAGGGAAAGUGACCCUAUUGUGAGCGCUGCGGGGGUGCCUGCGGAUGCUUAUCGUCCUUUACGCCGCGUAUGAAAUGGUAGACGGAUACCAGCGGCGGGGACGCAGUGCGCCUUGUGUACACACUAUAUAGACACCGGAAGAGAGUUGACAACGUCAAUGCUUCGACUACAAUCACUCACAUGCAUGUUGUAUGCGCUGCCC